AUGGUUAUUCAUCGCAGUAACAGUAACAGGAUAUGGCUAUUUGCUGCAAUUCUGGCAACGCUGUUCCAACUUUGCUUCGCAGAAGACAAUUCCAAUAGUAAAACUGAUAUUGCCCCUAAAACAUCAACAACAGAAGUCCAACGCCCGAAAAGGCAAGGAUAUUAUCGAGGCGGUUCAAGCACAGGUUUUGGGGGGCUACCAACAGUCCCCCCAAACACGUACUUGCCUCCGAAAAACGCUGGAGGAUUUGGAACUCAAAGGUCAUCAGGCGCAUUUGAUAGUCACGGUCGUUCAAGUGGAGGAGAAUUCAAAGGACCGUCAUUAGACACUUCCUCAUCAUUUGGAAGUCCUGCCGGUGGGUUUCACGGAUCCCAUAAUGGGCCGUCCAAUGCAUACUUACCACCAGGUGGUGGCAGUACAGGUUUCGGGUCUCAAAGUCCUGAAUUCGGCAAUAAAGGCCCAUCACGCGAUGGCUCAUCUAGCACCUACAGCGCACCAGAGUACAAUGAACCAAGUGCUGGAUCAGGAUCAUACAAAGGAUUUCCUAGUGGAUCGGAUAAUUUUGGAGGAUCUCCUCUUGGACCAUCAAAUUCUUAUCUUCCUCCCAAUUCUGCAGGUAGUCAGAGAUCUUCAAACGGAUUUGGACAUCUAAGGUCAUCAGAAAGAAACAACUUUGGCAGACCAUCUGGAUCCUAUGGCGUCCCAUCUAGUACAAGCAGUAGAAUUGGUGGGCGAGGCCCACCUGGUGGCAGUGGAUCAGAUGGACAAGUUUCUGAUAUUUAUGAUGCACCAGGAUCUGGAGGUGGAAGAUUUGACGGACAACACGCUGGAUUAAGGAUCUUGGGUACUAACGCCUCCCCAAAAUACGAACGUAAUGGGUUUGUUCAGGGACCUUCUGGAGAAAGUCCCACGGCAACAUACGGUGGGCCAGCUUCCAAUAUUAAUAGAUUUGGUGGUCAAGGUUCUUCUGGAGGGUCUUCGGAAGCAAAUAAUGUCCCAUCUUCUAGAGAUAAUGGAUUUAGUGGUCAAGGAUCUUCUGGAGGAAGCGUGUUUGGAAGGCCUUCGGGCAUGUAUGAUGCACAAGCUGCCAUUAGUAGUGGAUUUGGAAGACAAGGCCCUUCUGGAGAAAGCGGAUUUGGGAGGCCUUCGGGUUCAUACGGUGCACCAACUUCUAGUGGUAAAGUAUUUAGUACUCAAGGUACUUUUGUAGGACGCAGGCUUGGAAGUCAGUUUUCAGAAACUUUUGGUGCUACAGCUUCCGGAAGUAGCGGAUUUGGUAGCCAAACCCAUGCUGGAGAAAACCUUUCGAGUGGCUUUGGAGCUCCAUCCUCAAAUUUUGGUGAUUUAAGUCACCCUUCAAAUGUUCAUAUUUCCUCCGGUGGUGGCAUAGGACGGCAUUUGCAAAUUUCUGGCGGAAUUGGCAGUCAAAGUAAUGAAAGACCCUCAAGCUUCCACAACAUUCCAGGACUAGAUGGAGGCUAUAACGGUUCCCCCAAUGGUGCAUCAAAUACAUAUCUUCCCCCUGCAUCGGGUGGACGUUUUGGAGGUCAAGGGUCACCCAGAAACAAUGGUUUCGGUGGACAGCAUGGGUUUCCAUCUGUACCGAUUUCAAAUACUUACAGUUCAUCAUACAAUGAUAGGUCAAUGAAUGGUUACACUGCUUUCUCCAUCAAUAGUAACGGUAAUUUCAAUGGACAAAGAAGGCCUUCAGGAUCUCACUGUGUACCGGUUGCAGGUUGCCUUAGUGGACGACCAGAUACAUAUAAAGUUGGUGGCUUUACUGAACCCUCAAAUCCAUAUCUGCCUCCAGGUUCCAGUUUCAAUUAUCGAGAACUUUCCGGAAGUGUUAGUUUGGGUGAUCCAAGACCUGGGGUAAAUGGUUUCAGUAGUUCACGUGAUGGUACUUCCAAUAGUUAUGACAAUCCUAGCUCUGACAGUCCAAAUAAUCAUGCUACUGGCUUUGGACGAUCAUCACCUGGUUCCUCUAAUACCUAUUCGUCCUCUGGAUCAGGAAGAAAUUAUGGGCCAAGUGGGUCUGGAAGGCAGUUAAGCAAGUUAAACCAGUAUGGAGUCCCCCACCCUGGAGGAUUUGGCCUGAGACCUCAGACUGCUAAUAAUGGUGAUCAUGGACCUGAAAGGAAUGGCUCUCAAAGGCUGCCAACCUCAUACAAUGCAUCAAACAAUGGAGUUGUUUCAGGACAGCCAACUAGUUCACAUUUUCCCAGUCAAAGACAAGUGUACAUGUCUGCUUUUGAAGGUUAUAAAUAUUAA